AUGAAUGAUUUUUCAAGCACUCUUCCAAAUAAUGAAAGAUCAAAUAAAAUUGCUUUAUACGCAAUAUUAAUUUACAAAUACGAUGCAUCAGAACCCAUUUUUUUGUCCGCAUCGAUGGACUUAACGUCAUUCCCCUUUUUUCACAGAUCUUCAUUAAAAGAGCAUAUAUUCUUUCAUUCUAGAUUAGUAUGUAGUAGAACACCCAAAGGUAACAGAGAAAUUAUUGAAUUAGAGUCGGGCAUUGGGCAUUUACAUAUAUAUACAAGUAAAGAAAAUAAUAUUAGUGUAUUAGUAUUAUCAACAAAGGCAUACCCUUUAAGAAUUGCUUUUGGGUUAAUAGACAAUACUCAGAAAUUAUUUAGACAAAAAUGUAGAGGGAAAUAUGAAAACAUUACUCAAGAUUUAAAAGAAGAUAUGUUAUUUCAUGAGGAAUUAAAUGAAUUGUUAAAAAAAUAUCAAAACCCAUCAGAAGCAGAUAAAUUAUCAAGAGUGCAAAAAGAUCUUGAUGAAGUUAAGGAUGUCAUGCUUAAAAAUAUUGAAGACUUAUUACAAAGAGGAGAAAAAUUAGAUGACCUUAUGAAAAAAAGCCAAGAUCUUUCCAAUUCGUCAUAUCAAUUUUAUAGACAAGCCAAAAAGAAUAAUCAGUGCUGUAAGUUAUACUGA